GUUCCGUAUCAAAGAUGAACCAACAGGUCCUCGCUUCAAAUCUCGACUAUGUGCUAAAGGAUAUGCACAAACUGCAGGUAUAGACUACCAGGAAACCUUUGCACCAACAGUGAGCGUUCCGGUCGAUCCUCACAUGAAGCUGCAGAAAGGAGAGGGAGAGCCUGAGAAAAACAUACCAUACCGAGAGGCAGUGGGCUCCCUCAUGCACCUGGCCAUUGUGAGUCGACCAGAUAUCAUGUUUGCUGUCAGUCUGGUGAGUCGUUUUCUUAAUUGUUACACACAAAUGCACUGGAAUGCAGUCAAAAAGAUAUUCAAAUACCUAAAAGCUACCAAGGAUUAUGGAUUGUGUUACACAAAGACCACACAGACAUCAGAAAUCACUGGCUACAGCGAAGCUGACUAUGCAAACGACUUAGAUACACGACGCUCCGUCACUGGCUAUGUUUUUAUGAAGAGUGGUGCAGCAGUAACUUGGUCUAGCCAAAAGCAACAAACUGUGGCUCUAUCUACAACAGAGGCCGAGUUCAGGGCAGCUUGUGCAGCCACCAAAGAGGCCAUGUGGAUCAAACAGCUACUCAGUGAUAUUGGUGAAUAUAAACAAGACACAUUGUGCCUUCAUUUAGACAAUCAAAGUGCUAUCAGUGUUAUAAAGAAUGUAAACUUUCAUAAACGGUGUAAACACAUUGAAACUAAAUACCAUUUUAUUAAGGAGAAGUAUCAUCAAAAAUUAAUUUCACUUAUCGACACCAGCAAUUUAUACUGCGCUAACUCAAAAAGCGUACUUUACAGUAGAGGCGUUUAAAGGGAAAAACGUGAUAACUUUUACAUUGAUUAAGAUACUUUUUUGAAAUUUGGUAUGCUUAAUAUUUAAUUUAUUUAUUGUAAUAUCUCAUAUUUAUAUUUCCUUAAUUAUUUCUAUUUUUUGAUUUAGCGCAAGUUAGCCGUAUAUAAACGUAAUUCAUCAAAAAAAAAUUACAUCUUAUACACGUCUAACUUAUGUUAGCGUAGUGUAGUACGGGACGUCGUAGUGCAUGAUCAAUCAUCUGAUGCAUAUUUCAAUAUUUUUAUAAAGAACAUGUACUUACUUACAAAAAGAAUAGUCAGCGUACCAUUA